UGAAAGCACUUCAGACGUAGCUUUGCAAGACUUUAGCCUUGUUGGCCAUUAGCUGCAUCGUAGGGACGAUCUACUGUGCUAAUUGAACCAUGCCUUCCUGGAGUCGGACAGCUAAGGAGAGAUAUGGAGUGGCCAUCUUUAACUUUGAGGCACAGAGGGAUCCACAGCUCUCACUAUGUGUUGGGGACACAGUGCAAAUCCUCGAAAAGUGUGAAGGUUGGUACAGAGGGUGUUUGAUGAAAAACAAGUCACAGCAGGGUGUAUUUCCAGUAGCGUUUGUGCAUAUUAAAGAUGCUGUCAUCGAGAAGCGAGGGAAUAGGGAGAACAUCUUCUCUGCAGAAAUGCCUUUGGUUCAAGAGGUCACUACCACACUGAGAGAAUGGGGCAUCAUCUGGAGGCAGCUUUACAUGGCUAGUAAGAAGGAAAAGUAUCAUCAGGUUCGCUCCAUGAUGUUUGACUUGAUGGAAUGGCGAUCUCAGCUACUUUCUGGAACACUGCCCAAGGAUGAACUGAAAGAACUGAAACAGAAAGUCACCUCUAGAAUUGAUUACGGCAAUAGGAUCCUUGAACUUGACCUUGUUGUCAGAGAUGAGAAUGGCAACAUUAUGGACCCAGAUGAAACCAGUGUAAUUAGCUUAUUCCAUGCUCACGAGGAGGCUACAAAACAAAUCUCAGAGCGUAUAAAGGAAGAAAUGUCUCAGACUCAAACUGACAGCUCCACCUUUGCGCGGAUGGCAUCGUCCCCAACACACAGCCUCUACGUGUUUGUACGAAACUUUGUGUGUCGGAUAGGAGAGGAUUCUGAACUCUUCAUGGCAUUGUACGACCCUCAGAAACAAUCGAUCAUCAGUGAGAAUUAUUUAGUGCGAUGGGGGAGUGGGGGCCUCCCAAAAGAAAUUGAUAUGUUGAACAACCUGAAAGUGGUGUUUACGGAUCUGGGAAACAAGGAUUUGAAUCGUGAUAAAAUUUAUCUAAUUUGCCAAAUAGUUCGCGUUGGAAGAAUGGAUUUGAAGGACACGAACCAAAAAAAAUGCACUCUUGGGUUAAGACGACCUUUUGGAGUGGCAGUGAUGGACAUCACCGAUAUUGUGAAGUGCAAAGCAGAAAGUGACGAAGAGAAACAACAUUUUAUCCCUUUCCAUCCGUUUAUGGCAGAAAAUGAUUUUCUGCACUCUCUACUUAAUAGAGUAAUUUCUACCAAGACAGGGGAUGAAAAGGGUCAAGGUCUGUGGGUUACCAUGAAAAUGCUGGUUGGUGAUGUAUCACAGAUCAGGAAGGAUUAUCCACACCUUGUGGACAGAAACACAGUGGUAGCCAGGAAGCUGGGAUUUCCAGAGAUCAUCAUGCCAGGUGAUGUUCGGAAUGACAUCUACAUCACUGUCCUGUAUGGCGACUUUGACAAGUACAACAAGACCACACAGAAGAAUAUGGAAGUGAUAAUGUGUGUCUGUAGCGAUGAUGGCAAAAUUCUUCCGAACGCCAUUUGCCUGGGCGCAGGAGACAAACCAGUCAGUGAAUAUCGAUCAGUCAUCUACUACCAGGUCAAGCAACCCCGUUGGAUUGAGACAAUCAAGGUUGCCAUUCCAAUGGAAGAAAUGCAAAGAAUACACUUAAGAUUUAUGUUUAGGCACAGAUCGUCACAAGAGUCGAAAGACAAGAGUGAAAAGAAUUUUGCAAUGGCAUUUGUGAGACUGAUGAAAGAUGAUGGCACAACACUGCAAGAUGGGACUCAUGAACUGCUGGUGUACAAGGGUGAUAGCAAAAAAAUGGAAGAAGUCAAUAUAUACACCAAGCUGCCGUCCACCCGCCCAGCCUCCGAGAUCAAAGGCUACACACUCAGCCGCAGCAACACUACUUUAGGAGGAGGAUUGUCCAGCAGUUCCAGAGACACCUUUGUCAUCUCAACCCUGGUGUGCUCCACAAAACUCACGCAGAAUGUUGGUUUGCUGGGCCUUCUGAAGUGGAGAACCAAACCUGAACUCUUGCAAGAAAACCUGGAGAAGCUGAAGAUAGUUGAUGGAGAAGAGGUCGUUAAGUUCCUCCAGGACACCCUCGAUGCACUAUUCAACAUCAUGAUGGAGCAUUCUGACACAGAGAAAUAUGACAUCCUUGUCUUUGAUGCUUUGAUAUACAUUAUUGGGCUGAUCGCAGACAGAAAAUUCCAGCACUUCAACGCUGUUCUUGAAGCCUACAUUAAACAACACUUCAGUGCCACCUUGGCUUAUAAGAAACUGAUGACUGUGCUAAAAAACUAUUUAGAUAUUUGUUGUGAAGGCAAGCAAUGUGAACCAAUUUUGCGGACUUUGAAAGCCCUGGAGUACAUCUUUAAAUUCAUUGUGAGAUCUCGAUCGUUAUUUGCACAACUGUAUGAAGAAAAGGAACAGGUUGAGUUCGAAGAAUCACUGAAAAGACUAUUUGAGUCCAUCAAUAACCUGAUGAAAAGUCAGCAAGUGACUACAAUCCUGUUGCAGGUUGCUUCUUUGAAAUAUCUGCCAUCGGUACUUCAUGAUGUGGUUACGGUCUUUGACGUCAAGUUACUGAGCCAACUCCUGUUGGAGUUUUACACUAGCAUUCCACCCAAUAAGCUGCAGAAACAGAAGAUCCAGUCUAUGACCGAGAUUGUACGUAGUGAGCUCUUCAAGAGGAAAGAAUGCCGCGACAUCCUCCUGCCCAUGAUGACUGAUGAGCUGAAGGCCCAGCUGGAUCAGAAAGAGGACAGACAACAGAACCAGGAAUUAAAGUUCUGCAUCGAAUUACUCAAUCACAUCCUGGAGGUGCUCAGUCAGCCCAAUGUGGGUUCAACUCACAACCAUCUCCAGGGGAUCAUUACAAAGUUGCUGCGACCAGUGAAUCAGAUGGUUAUUGUAUUGGGAAAAGACCAUGGCUUGGUUAGUAACUUUGUGGCAUGCAUGACUGCAAUAUUCAAGCAGAUGGAUAAUGAGCAUUACUCCUAUUAUUUGGAAUCCUUCCAAACAAACCGAGAUUUGGUGGAUUUCUUCAUGGAAACUUUUAUCCUGUUCAAGGAUUUGAUCGAGAAGAAUGUCUACCCCAGUGACUGGAUGGCUAUGAGUAUGGUGCAAAACAGAGUCUUUCUACGAGCCAUUAACAAGAUUGCAGAAACCAUGACACAGAAAUUCCUGGAGAAUAUGAACUUUGAGCAACAGUUAUGGAAUAAUUACUUCCAUCUGGCAGUAAAAUUCAUUACCCAAGAUUCGCUGCAACUGGAACAUUUCUCUCAGGCAAAGUGCAUGAAAAUCUUGAACAAAUAUGGGGAUAUGAGGCGCCUAAUUGGAUUCAACGUUCGGGAUAUGUGGUACAAGCUUGCUCAAAACAAGAUCCACUUCAUCCCAGAAAUGGUUGGACCUAUCCUAGAAAUGACCCUGAUUCCAGAGAUUGAGCUCCGCAAAGCCACGAUCCCAAUCUUCUUUGACAUGAUGCUAUGCGAAUACGCCAUGUUCAACAAGUUCAGGAAGUUUGAAGAUGAAAUAAUCCUGAAGUUAGAUCACACGGUAGAGGGAGGAUGCGGUGAUGAGCAGUAUAUGGAGCUCUUCCAGAAGAUCAUCCUGAAGUGUGCUGAAGAACACCCCGCUAUUGCCAAAUCAGUGCAACAUUUUGUCCACCUGGUAAAGGGUCUCCUGGAGAAACUGCUGGAUUAUAGGUCGGUGAUGAGUGACGAAAGCAAGAGGAACCGUAUGAGCUGCACGGUUAACCUGCUGAAUUUCUACAAGGAAAUCAACCGGGAAGAGAUGUAUAUAAGAUAUCUGUACAAGCUUCGAGAUCUGCACCUGGACUGUGAAAACUACACUGAGGCUGCCUACACACUCCUUCUGCAUGCUAAGCUACUGAAGUGGUCUGAUGAACAAUGUACAUCGCACGUUAUGCCAAGAGAUUUUCACAAUUCUCAAACACAGCGGCAGCUGAAAGAAAACCUGUACAAAACCAUUAUUAAUUACUUUGACAAGGGGAAGAUGUGGGAGGAAGCCCUGAAUCUCUGCAAGGAGCUAGCAGAUCAAUUUGAGAAGGAAAUCUUUGACUAUGAACUUCUGAGCCAAAACCUGAAACAACAAGCCACUUUCUAUGAGAACAUCAUGAAAAUCCUACGGCCAACUCCAGAUUAUUUUGCUGUCGGGUACUAUGGUCGUGGCUUUCCUCUAUUUCUCCGAAACAAGGUGUUCAUCUACCGGGGCAAGGAAUAUGAGCGGAGAGAAGAUUUUCAAGGACAGCUGAUGACUGAGUUUCCGAAUGCAGAGAGAAUGAACACGACAUCAGCCCCAGCAGGCAACAUCAAAAAUUCCCCAGGACAAUUCAUUCAAUGUUUCACUGUCCAACCAGUCCUGGAGGAACCAUCCCGUUUCAAGGACAAGCCAGUGCCGGAUCAAGUCAUAAAUUUCUACAAGGCAAAUUAUGUGCAGAAGUUUCAAUAUUCACGACCAGUCCGGAAGGGAACAGUGGAUCCAGACAAUGAAUUUGCCUCAAUGUGGAUUGAGAGAACGACGUUUAUCACAGCAUACAAAUUACCUGGAAUUCUGCGUUGGUUUGAAGUCAUUUCUAGUUCCACUAACACCAUCAGCCCAUUGGAAAAUGCAAUUGAGACAAUGCAGAAAACCAAUGAAAAGAUCCUCACCUUGAUCACCCAGUACAAGGCUGAUGACCAUCUUCCAAUCAAUCCUCUCUCAAUGUUGCUCAACGGGAUUGUGGAUCCAGCGGUUAUGGGUGGAUUUGCCAAAUAUGAGAAGGCUUUCUUCACAGAGGCGUAUUCAGAAGAGCACCCGGAAGAUUGUGAAAAAUUGAAUCAUCUAAAGAAUCUAAUAGCCUGGCAGGUCCCGAUGCUUGAAAAAGGAAUAAAACUUCACGGGAAAAGAGUGCAGGAUGACCUUCGACCUUUCCAUGACCGGAUGGAAGAAUGUUUCAAACAGCUAAAACUAAAAGUGGAGAAGGAAUAUGGGUUAAGGGAGCUGCCAGAUUUUGAUGAAAAACGAACAAGCCGACCAAGGUCCAUGCUGAGAUCCUAUCGUCAAGUGUCCAUGAUCUCCCUUUCCUCCCUCAAUGCUGAAUGCAACACACCAAUCAAAGGGCCUGUUGACAGCAGUGUGAUUCCCGACAGCCCCAGACCAAGGACGCCAAUCCUUAAAUCUGAAGAAAAGGCUCUGGAUCGAGCUACCAAAGAGGACGGGGAGGUUAAACUGAGGAGGGAGAGGAAAAGACAGAAGAGAAGUAGCGUGGUGUUUGCAGACAGCAAAACAGAGCCUUCAGACACCAAACGGCUGUCAAGGAAACAGGAGUUUCGGAGUGAUACCAAUCUGUCAGACCAAGCAGAGAAACGCCCAUCUUCUGUGCUCAAGCAGAUGAGCUUUGCCAGCAGAUCAGUGCCAACAAUCCCAGCUUUGAUUUUUGCCGUGGCAAAUGGCGGUGAAGACCAAAACCUUGACCAGAAUGCACUGAAAAGGAUGAGCCAGCCGACAUUUAUGCUGUCCCUUGACGAAGAUGCCGAAGAGAGAAAGAACCCUCCCAAAAGUAAAAAAGCUUCCUUCUUUAAGAACCGGCUGACGUCUAAGAGUGGUGAGGACAGCAAGUAGCCUGGAGAUGAGCUCUCCUUCGUCAAUCUCAGUGGAGGGUCAUUGGAGUAGAGAACACAGCUCCAAGUGCUGAAGAUGUGAUGGGAGGGCCUCCUCAGUUAUACUACUGCAAACAGUAACUAUUCCAUAAUUCACCGCCAUACACACACACACAUGUGCACACACACACACACGUGCACACACACACGUAACACACACACACAUAACACACACACAAUUCUUCUGACUCACGAAAUGGUUCUUUUGUUUCUCAAAGCCCGGGUUUUUCAUUACAACAGUACUGUUCUGAUCGAACUUUCAAGAUUAAAACUGGAACACUUCUGGCAUAUUUUGACUUCUCACCCCAAAAGGUGGCAAAAAUUGCAGCAGCAAUUUCAGCAAAUGGAAUUGCUCACUUGUACACUUGCGAGGAACAAACUCCUCCAAGUCUUGGAUUUUGCAGGACGAAACCUCAAUGCGGUUUCUUCGCCUUAAUUUCUGAGUCCAGGAAUUGCCGAUGUUAAUAUGUUGCA